AUAUCCAUGUUCAAGUCACCUGGAGCAAAUCGCUGAUUCAUUUCUUUUAUAUGUCCUCUGUAGAACUUGUCCAGCCAUGAUUUCCGUUGGAUAUACGGGUAUCGUAAAGCAAACACCGCCGCCAAAAAACCGUUAAAAGGACAAUUAUGUAGGUGUGGUCUGAAAUAUUGAAAUUUUCCCCAAAUGCCCGGAGAGGCGUAACCGUCAGGUUUCUCAAUUAUAACAAUAACACCUUGUUUGCAGCCAAUCCAACUGAUUAGCAAUUAUCCACCCAUCCGAGUCAAAAUUGUGCGCUAAAGACUCCGAAAAUCACUUUGUCCUUGCAAAUAUACCUUUAGGUAUGCGUACGCCAGCCAACCGACAAAAAAGACCGUUGAGAGGUAGAUUAGUACGGGUAAAAUUUCGGGACUGGGAAAAGUGUGCUCCAUGCUCACGGGAUGGGUACAUGGGCAGGAUCGUACAUGACGAAAUACGAUUGGUUUUCUCUUCUAAGGUAGAGCAAAAAAGUACCAAGAGACCGGGUAGAAAUCUUUGCGGUUCGAGGACGCGUAUUGCCUGCGGUACCUAGUAGUAGAGUUUCGGGAAAUGGAUAUAAACGAAUGAGAGCCUUGUUCGUAGAACACAUCUGAUAAGGAGCGCACUGAAAUCGGACCGAUUCGUUGAUCCAUUGUUUUCCGAUACGACAUUGUGGUUACACCGUGUGUGAGUUAUAUCAAGAUGAUGCCAUACAAAGCACAGUACACUUAUAAUUCGUCGUCCCCUUCCGACAGUGAGUCCUAUUCGAACCCACCGAAAAGGAUCAAAUAUGAUGAUAACCACGAAAACAUGAUCUUUCGGGCAGGUUAUACCAAUUUGCAUAAUGAACACAUCUACACCCAGCAGAGAGCACAAGUUCUCCAGAUGCAAGAUGAUCGAUCCUCCAUUGCCUCAACAGCAUCCUCAAUGGAUUCCUCUCAGGAUGGUUUCCCGCCAACUCCCCCUCCGGAUUUCGCUAUGAGCGUUGGUCAGCAUUCGUUACCGUUAUUUCCUAACCACUCGCGAAAUCCGGUGGAGCCGCCACCAUUGCGGUAUUUCCAACUGGACGCUCAGUUCUCCGCUCCGGGCAGGACUCCCGCAGAACACAACUAUGCCGUGGGCUACCCGCGAGAUUCACCGGCGGCGGUGUCGGUGAUACAAGCUCCGCAAUCGGCUAUGCGACCAGCUCGUGCUCGGUUCACAUCCGACUCGGACAGUUCUGUCGUAACAGAUCCGGACGAGAUCAAUCCAAUGUGCAUGAACGACUGGUUUCGGGGUGCUGUGAGGCCAGAACUUGACGGACAGCUGACCCACGAGUUAGCUACGAUCGAAUACAGAGCUAGGCUACGAGAGGAACGUUAUACGGCGAUGCGGAUGCACGAAGUACCAACUGAGCUGGAAUACAAUCCCAACAAAUCUCGCCUCCGAAAGGAUUACGUUAGCUCAACGGAAGAAGCCGAACGAUCGCGGAACAAUUUAGCCUCGAGAAAAUCCCGGUUCAGGCGCAAGAACGAUCAGCUAAUCAACAACAUUAAGCUGGAUUUUCACCGCCAAGAGAACGCAGAAAUGUAUGCCCUGCAGAACUGGAUGGACCAAGUGAUUUUCGAGCUGGAAGAAGCCUGCUUGAACACGGGAGUAGCGCCAGAGAGUUUGGCGGACUUACGCCAGCAGUGCGGCUUCCAGUUGAGCUUACUAUACAGACCAGGAUCGUCGUCGUCAAUGUAGAUCUGUGUCAUUCUCUACAUCAACAUUUCCCCUUCUAGCAAUACUUAUCCUUAUCAACCAGUGUUUGUAGAUUGCCUGCCCGCAGGCAGUUCGUUCUAACUAGACUUAUUACGUAACUUCAAGACUAUUCUAAUCAUAUUUAUCAUGGCCUAGUGAACAUGUAAAAUCAUUCCAACUAUACAAAACAAUUGAAAUAAAACUUCUUAUUUCUGACAACA